GGCGCUGCCGGGGCGCGGCCAUGGCGGAGGCGCGGCCGCUGCGGCUGCUGGCGCUGCACGGCUACCGGCAGAGCGCCCGCCGCCUCCGCCAGCGGACCGGCGCGCUCCGCAAGGCCCUGCGCGGCCGCGCCGAGCUGGUGGCCAUCGACGCGCCGCACCGCUUGCCCACCAGCGCUGAGGACGACCCCGACGGGGACGAUCCCCCCCGCGGCUGGUGGUUCUCCGGGCCCGGCACGUUCGAGGCGGGCGAGGCGGCUGCGGCUCCGGCGGGGCUGGAGGAGUCUCUGUCGGCGGUGGCGGCGGCGCUGGCGGAGCACGGGCCCUUUGACGGGCUGCUGGGCUUCAGCCAGGGCGCGGCGCUGGCCGCCAUGGUGUGCGCCCUGCGGGCCCGCGGCGACCCGCGCUUCCCGGUGUCCUUCGCCGUGCUGGUGGCCGCGUUCGCCAGCCGCGCCCCGGCACACGGACACUUCUACCGGGAGCCCAUCGCCCUGCCCACGCUGCACGUCGUGGGCGACACCGACGCCGUCAUCGCAGCCCCGCUCAGCAGGGAGCUGGCCCAGUGCUUCGUGGAGCCCGUUGUCCUCACGCACCCCGGCGGGCACUUCAUCCCCGCGGCCCCGGCGCAGAAGAAAGCCUACCUGGAAUUCUUGGAACGCUUCUGCCCCGGGCAGGGCCAGGCCCAGGGGGCUGGGGAGGUUUGAGAACGGGUUCUGUAAUAAAAAAGGGCUCUGGUGAGCCACGUGCAGCCGCCCAUGCUGUGAAGCAUCACUAUUGCCAUGUCUCCAGAGGGACCAGAGAACAGCUCACUGCACAUUCUGCUCUUCAGUGCUCACCCAGGCCAGGCUAAAUGGUUCUUUAUCUCCCUUAUUUUCAACUUUGUUGUACACAUCAGGAUAAAAUAUAUACGUAUAUAUGUAUAUAAAGUUAAAUAUUAUGUAUCUAACAUGUAUGACAUGUAACUCGUGAGUGCGGGGGUGUGACAGUGAGGGGGUUCAGGGCAGGAGGGUGACACUGCUCUGUGUGCAAGGUGCUUUCAGAGACUCAAACACCUGCUCAAAAUGAGAGUCCCUCAGCUCAGCCACAGGAAGUGUGUGCAGAGCACAGAGCUGCAGUUUCACACCCCAACGACUCGUGGUUUGUAGUAUCUGUUAAGCCAAGCUUCCAGCUGCUCUGGGCCUGGAAAACCUUCUCAUCCUUGGCAGUGCCAGGGCUGGUGUUUGUUUCAGGAAUGAAAUUCCUGCUGGCUUGGUGUGCAUAUGUUGAAUCUCCCUCCAUGAACAAGAAAAACUUGUCAGUGUUUGUGGCUCUGCAUUAUCCAGAGGCGCACGAAAAUCUUUAUUGCUGUAACAGUUGCAGGUGUUCUGCCUGCUCAGCACUUGGGCACACGUCUCAGGAGAGGAGUGCUAGCAGAGCUUCUCUAACCACGGCUUUCCUUGGGGGUGUAGAGUUGGUAAAAGAGGGAAAUCGGGUGAAAAAUGUGAAUUUUCCCCCUGUUUGAGCAGCGGGGCAGCGCAGUGUCAGCUCUGAGAGGGCUGGAGGACACUGUGCUGCUGAAUCCCCUCCCCUCCCCUCGGCGGGGAGCAGGCCUGGGAGCGCCGUGGGUUAAACCAGCCCAGAGGAGUGAGCAGUUCUCAAACCCAGCACGUUUUUCCCCCAGUAUGCAGGUGGUGAUGGUGGCAGGAGGACGUGGCUGUUCCCUGCAGCCCAGCCCUGCUCUGCUGUUGCCCCGCGGGGCUGGGGUGGCUCGGGCAGUCCUGGCCGUGUGUGCCACUUCACCUGGGCUGUGUCACAUCUGCUGCGAAGGCGUGGGGUGUCCGCACCCCUUGGUGACCACACCAGGGGCUGGGAUUUUUUUGGUGGCUGCACGCCCGGCUGCAGCUGUGGCAGAACACGGCGAGCAGCUGUGACAACGCAGCGGAGCUUUUGUCCCUGCGCCGCCGGGCAGGGACGGCAGCGGCCGCGCUCGCCAGCCCCCGGUACCGCUCGCCAGCCCCCGGUACCGCUUGAUGAUCGCGGAGCUCCGGCGUGCCCGGCGCGGGGGAGGCACCGCAGCCGUGUCCGCCCGCCCGCACUGCGGCCCCGCAGCUCCCGGGCACGGGGGGGCACCGGCAGCUCCUGGGAAGAGGAGAGGGAAGGAAGGGGAAGAAGCCCAGGGUGCGGUGAGUGAGCAGCACGAUCCCAGCUCUGCAGGCAGCUCCUUCGCGUGGUGGGUCAGAGAGGGAUGGGUGACCUGGAGUGGGGUGCUGCAGUACCUCCCCCUUCCCUGAGGUCUGCAUAACGAUGGCUCCUGCUGGGUAUCUGCUGUACCGGUUUAAAUGGAUUAAUAAAAACAGAUAAACGCGA